CUGGAAACCGAGGCCAAGGGAAGCGCCCUGAGUGACACCGCGCGUAGUCCUCUACGCCCGUCAGUUGGGGUCCAGACCUCCGUCAGGGAACCGUGGCGAGGAGGGCGUGGCUACACAUCAUAAUAGCCUAAGAAUAAGGAGGAAGAGAAAGGAAUUAAAGAAGAAGGAAAAACGAGGAACCCACAGGAAGAGAGAGACAGAAGAUGGAGUCAAGAGGAGGGUUAAGUCGCCUCCAGGUGCUUGUGGUGCUGCUGGCUACAGUCUGCAUGGCUUCGGCGAAAAUCUCCAAGAGACAGACUGUUUCGUUCGGGCUGCCCAAUUUCAACUUCGGCGGCGGCAACGGCAGGCAGGACGGCAACAACCUCGGCUCCUUCAUCGGCGGAGCGAUCACCGGCUUCAUCAACGCCCAGACCAACAGACCCGACAGUGGCAACAACAAAGUCACGAUCAUCAACCCGUUUGAUUUAUUCCGGCCGAGUCAGGGGAAUAAUCAACCAACGACCAGUAGGCCUGUGAAUACUAAUAAUAAUCAAGGGAAUAAUCAAAACAACGGAAAUAACCAAGGAAACAGCCCGAAUGUCCUUGGGAAUUUCAACAUUGCCGGACUGCCUAUCCAGGUGACUGGACAGAACGGAGGCAUUGGCAUCUCCUUCGGACAAAACAGUUGCGGCCCGGACAAUGGCGGCUGCGAGCAGGACUGCCGCAUCGUCCGCCGAAGACCCAGGUGUUCCUGCCGAGAGGGCUACCUGCGCAACCCCGACCGCCGCACCUGCUCCGACCUGAACGAGUGCCGCCAGAACAACGGCGGCUGCAGCGACAUCUGUAACAACACCCCCGGCUCCUUCACGUGCUCUUGCCGCCAGGGUGUUCUGCAGGACGACCAGAAGACUUGCUCGAGAGCGGUGGAGCACUGCGCGCUCAAUAACGGAGGGUGUUCUCAGAUCUGCUCCAUGAACGGAGGGCAGUUCGUGUCGUGCUUCUGCCAGCCUGGCUUCACGCUGGGACCCGACAGGAAGACGUGCCUGCAGCUGGACCAGUGUGUGAGCAACAACGGAGGAUGUCAGGAGAUCUGCAGCAACACACAGAACGGUCCUACGUGCAGCUGUGGGCCGGGCAAGGUCCUAAACAACGACAGGAGGAGCUGCAGAGACCUGGACGAGUGCCAGUUCAACAACGGAGGGUGCCAGCAAAUCUGCACCAACACCGUCGGCUCCUUCACGUGUUCCUGCCGUAACGGGUUCCAACUCGUCGGGAACCAGUGCCAGUUCGUCGUUCGCUCCUCGCCCAGUGGCCACGCCGCCUCCUGCUGUCACUGGGUGCGGAGUGAACCCCAAGAAGUCCCUGUUCCGGCGCAUCGUGGGGGGCAAGCCGGCCGACCCGAAGGACUGGCCGUGGAUGGUCGCUCUCCUGCAGAGGGCCGGCAACACGCAGUACUGUGGCGGGACUCUCAUCACAGACCGCCAUGUUCUCACUGCUGCUCACUGCCUCAGACCGCCAACGAGAUCAAGGUGCGUCUCGGCGAGUAUGACUUCGCAAGCACGGAUGACAACUCGCCCACUGACUUCGAUGUGGCUGACAUCCGAAUGCACGAAAGGUACAACAAGGACACUCAGGAGAACGACAUCGCCAUCGUGAAGAUGAGUCGCCCGACCGCCUUCACCGAAUUCAUCUCGCCGGUCUGCCUGCCGCCGGUCGGGAGGUCCUUCGAGGGCAACCUGGGCUACGUCACAGGCUGGGGCACCAUCUACUUCGGCGGCCCCGUCAGCCAGACGCUGCAGGAGGUGAUCGUGCCCGUGUGGCAACAGAGCGAGUGCACGGCUGCGUACCCUGGGAGGAUCCACGACGGCAUGAUGUGCGCCGGCAACAGGCAGGGCGGCCAGGACUCGUGCCAGUCUAAAACGACGAGUGUUCGCUGUUGCUUCCGCGUCCGCCUAACUAAUACACACUGCCCGAUACUUCGCGCGAUCAACUGUGCAUUUUUUAUAGAUCAGGAAGAGGAUAUAAAAUAAAGAUAAAUAAUUUCAGAACUUCGAUAUGAAAACACAUCGCAAGUCUAAUAAAAGAAUGCACGAUAAUGGUACUUGCAAUACAUAAAAGAAUUAAAUUUUAUAACGUUUGUGGGUGUUAUUUUUUUCUUUCUCACAAAUGCAAGUAUAUUAGUGCCGUUCAAAUGAUAACGAAACAAGUAUUCUGGGCAGAUAAAAAGGUCUGUGCAAGUAAUCCUCAGUAAUAGUCGACAAGGAAGUGAUUUCUUGCAUACUGCAUAGAUCACCACUGGAAUUGGUUAAGGGUUUCUUGUUACAAUAUGUAACAUGUGAAAUGAAACGAAGUGGUGAAUUCCAAUAGAUUUAAUAGGUGGUUUUGCUAUUACGGUUAAUGUUUACAUGUGUUCAUUUGAUAUUAUGCAUAUGGCCAGUGCACCAGAUUAUUAAUGACCACUAUAUUAGAGGGAAAGGGCAUUUUUAUAUUUAUACCUGAUACUUAAUUAUUUAACAUAUCAGUUAUAUGUUAGUACUGAUAUUUUUGUGAGGAUCUUUGUUAUGAAACAGACCAUUUUCGGUUCCGUCCAUCAAAGUGCAAUCAAUAAGAUAAAGGCAAGUAUUUAUUUCAUAAAAGGUUUCUCAUGAGUUCAUAUCCUGCGUGAUGGCCUCUUAAUAAUAUUUUCGUCUUUUUGAUUUGGGUAUUUCUGAGUCUCUCUCAUUCCAUGACAUCAUCUUAUUCUGACAUCACCCAGAUACACUGUACCUAAUUACCUUUCACCACAUUCCUGAAGACUCUUGUCCAAUACUUUGUACACUUCUGAUAAAUAAAAUUAAUAUAUGAA